ACAUUUCAAAUACUAAUUGCUUUGGCAUUUCCGCAUUUGAUGGUAAAAUGCUUGGAUUGGAAUUCAUAGCAAUAAAUGGUCUUGCACAACCGUUAAUAUAAUGACCUGCAAUUAUUUUCAAGUCAAUGUCAGUAAAAACUGUUACAUAAAACUGAAAGAUAAAAAGAAAUAUAAAACUAAAAAGAAAGAGAGCAAUUUCAAAAACAAGUUGUGCUCGUGGUCUCACUCUUUUAUUUGAGUCCCACAUACAUGCAUUUUAUUUUUUCUUAUUUUAUAUCGGUCAGGGAACUAGUUGGCUGGUUCAACGAACUUGAGUAACAUCCGCCCAAAAAAGUGGUUUCAUUCAUUUAUUUUUUGCUUUGCCAUGCCAACCAUCGAUCACUUUUUGCUUACUUUUUUCAAUUUUCUUUUAGAUACCUUUAGAGCAUUGUGGUAAAUAUACAUAUAUAAUACUUGAAGUAACAAGAAAUUAGUAAAGCUUUUAAAACUGACGGAUUUCAUUUUGGGCCUUGUGUCUGAUAUGCCUCUGACCUGGCUAUGCCGCACAUGUGUUGCCCAAUAAAUCAAAAUUAUAGAAAAAAAACAAAUUCAAGAAAUGAAUAUAGAGAGAUGAAUAGACUUGAAAGUUGUUUUUCUGUGCAUGUGGUGUUAACCUGCUAGAAACUAUUGCACUCUUAAAUGUCAGUCUGGUUAUGAAUUCAGAAAUUAAUUUAUUAAUAAAUAAGACAAUUCGUCUCAAAUACAUCGCUAUUUAAACACAUAAAACACAUUUUUAUUCCAACCUAUAGCCACAUCUUUCUAUCCUUAUCGAAUCGCACUGUUAGACUUAAUUCUCUACAUCUAACUAUAACAAUAUUAUAAAGCUGAAGAGUUUGUUUCUUUGAACGUGCUAAUCUCAGGAACUACUGGUCCGACUUCAAGAAUUAUUUCAAUGUUAUUCAGCCCAUUUAUUGAGAAGUUACCAUGCUAUCAGAAAUGAUACUUAAUUGGGAGAUAUUGACACUUUAUGCGUGCACUGCGUCAAUGGUUAAAGUUACACAAAAAUGUGUAUGACAGAAUUUGUCUUCAUAAAGAGUUCUAAAAGAAAGUCCGCGGCGGCAUGCCAAUGCUAACAUUUUAUAUGGAAAUAUUUAUUUAAUAAAAGAACGUUUAUCAUCGAAGGCGUAUUUAUUAAAAUGGUGUUAAACCCUUUUAAAAGCAAAUAUUUAAUUUUAUACAAAGAUUUACAGCAUUACCUUCGGAGAUAUCACUGUUUUUACACUUAGCAGCAAAAUAAUUAUUGCUGUUGCAUUUAAUUUUGUUUAAUUCCUUUCCUACCUUAUUACUAUGUUAUAUCGCGGUCAACAGCUAGUUUAAAAUCACGAACUAUUCAAAUCAAAAUCAGUUUAGAGGUCAAAAAAAUAAUAUAAACAAAAUAUGCGGCCAAGGAAUACAAUGAUCACAAGAACCGGUGCCGUGUUAACGGUCAGGCGUCUACUUAUAUUAUCCUCACGCGUUUGUAUCUUCACUGCGAGUUCGUUCGCUCGACACCAUAAACCUUGACAUCUUAUAUCCAAAGAGUUCCGUUCCAAAAAAAAAACAUGUAUUAAAAAUCUAUUAAAAAAACAUGUUCUAUCAGUUAAUUGUGGUGCUUGUGGUGGUUUCGUUCGGGAGUUCCUACAGUGAUGAUGGCGAGGCUUAUGUGGAGACAGUGACAGAUGAAUUAAGGGGUUAUGUGGAGAGUUUAGAAGAUGCACGGUCGGGAAGACUACUGUUCUCGUAUCGACAGAACCCUGUCAUCAAUGUUAUGUUACAAACGGCUGCCCCAAACUAUGUCCCGAAACGUUCGGGAGACCUGUUUGAUUUUUUGAGGGAAUCUUAUAAAUUGCCCGGAGGUCUACAAGCCCCCUACGAUGAAUACGACUACAUCAUAGUGGGCGCCGGUUCAGCAGGCUCUGUCCUCGCUUCCAGACUCUCAGAGAAUAAAAACAUCACAGUACUACUGUUGGAAGCUGGCAAACCAGAGAUGCUGUUCACAGAUAUGCCCGCCAUGGCACCCUACUUCCAAUCAACGGACUACUCCUGGCAGUACUACAUGGAAUAUCAACCAAAUGUAUGCACUGGCAUGCUGAACGGACGUUGUUUUUGGCCGCGAGGCAAGGCUGUUGGCGGUACCAGUGUUAUCAACUACAUGAUCUAUACGAGAGGCAGACCCGUGGACUGGGAUCGCAUCGCCGCUGAUGGCAACUAUGGAUGGAACUACGACGAAGUUUUGAAAUAUUACAUGAAAUCUGAAAAAGCAAAAUUAGGAGGUUUAGAAAAUAGUCCCUUUAGAAGUCGGGACGGGGAAGUGAAUGUUGAACAUGUGGCAGUAAGAACAAAACUAGUGAAAGCAUUUUUGGAAUCUGGAAGUAUCCUCGGCUACCCUACCGUCGACUACAACUCUCCGCAUGAGCUGGGCUUUGGUUACGUGCAAGCUACUACGGUCAACGGGCACAGGGUCAGCGCUGCCAAAGCCUUUUUACAUAAACAAAAGAAAAGACGCAACUUACAUAUACUGCCUGAGAGCACAGUGACUAAAGUCUUAAUAGAUCCUUACACAAAUACUGCAUAUGGCGUGGACUACGUCAGAAAUCGAUUAAAGCGUACGGUCAGAGCACGCUCCGAAGUUAUUCUUUCUGCUGGACCAAUUGCCUCACCACAACUACUAAUGCUUUCAGGUGUAGGACCUAAAGAACAUUUAAGGUCUGUAGGCAUUCCGGUACUAAAAGAUUUACCUGUAGGAGAAACCCUUUACGACCACAUAUGUUUUCCAUCACUAAUAUUUAAAUUAAAUACAACAGGAAUUAGCUUUAACGAAGGUAAAGCUUUAAAUUUAAAAGAAUCGAUCGCUUGGCUUAGAAACGCGGAAAGUGUUUUAGCCACACCCGGUGGAGUAGAAGGCAUAGGGUACAUUAAAACACCGAUAUCAGAUGAUCCGGAACCCGUUCCGGAUAUAGAACUCAUCAGCAUCGGUGGAUCAAUCGCUGCAGAUGGCGGACCCGGCGGCAGUAAAGCUGUACGCAAGGGUAUGAGAAUACGAGAUGAGGUUUUCGAUUCAGCUUUUGGAGAGGUAGAUAACCCAUACACAGAUACAUGGAGCGCAUUCCCAAUGUUACUCCACCCGAAAUCUGUGGGCCGAAUACAACUGAAAGAUAACAACCCAUUCAGUCAUCCUCUAAUGUAUGGUAAUUAUUUGUCUAAUCGCAAAGACGUGGAAACGUUUAUCGCUGCUAUUCGUUUUAUGCAGGCGCAAGUGAACACUCCGCCGUUCCAACGUUUAGGUGCUACGAUUCAUAAGGCUGACUACCCGAUGUGUCGAGGUUUCGUGUUUGAUUCGGACGACUACUGGGAAUGUGCUUUGCGGGCUCUUACAGCGACCCUGCAUCAUCAGAUAGCAACAUGUCGUAUGGGCCCAGAGGGUGAUCCGCGCGCUGUUGUCGACCCAGAAUUGCGUGUGUACGGUAUUAAUAGAUUACGCGUUGUCGAUUCUAGUGUAAUACCAAGAACUGUCAGCGCACAUACACAUGCCCCAGCUAUGAUGAUCGGGGAGAAGGCAGCUGAUCUAAUAAAAUGGACGUGGAAUCGAAUAUGAAAAUGAUAACUAGUUAGUAUAAAUAAAUUAUUUAACUUUUAAGUUAUAGUCAACAUGUAAAAACAAAGAAGAAAGUUUUUAGUUUACAACUAGUAAAAUAAAUGACUGAACAAUAA